AUGAAGAAUACUUACACAUUUUUGUUAUAUUUGGGUAUUGGCUUAUUUGUGCUGAGUUCUAAUUGUUUUGAAUUAGAUAUUGGAAAAACAUUUAGUUAUAACAAGGAAAACGUAGAAAUCAAUGUUUACAAAGAUGACUCUGAUAAUUUUUACAAGCAUAAACCUGUUAAACCUUUCUUGUUAAAGGAAUUGUACUAUCUUGAUAAACUAAUAUAUUUUGAUCCUCUUCUAACUUCUGAUCAACUUUUGAUCUCUGCCUCUGUUCUUUGGGUAUCAAAUAAUCCAACAGUAAUCCACUUAAAUCUUGAAAAAUCAACAAUUAUACUCUUGAAUGAAAACAAUUCAUCACUAAGUGUAGAAGCUAUAUUUUCAGGUAAAAACAUUUCUAACAUAAAUCAUAAAUUUCAUCCUGGUUCUGAUAAAGCUGUUGAUAUAGAUAUAAAACAAACUCAAAACUACACUAGUAAUUCAUUGAAUGUUUCUGUUAAUCAACUUCAUUUAUCAGGAAAUGGUCUAGAAAAAUUUGUAUUAAGGUAUUAUGACCUUGGUUCAUACAAAUUAAAUAACCUUAAAUAUGGAAAUGAUGGUGUUUAUGGUUAUGGGAUUCUGACAACCCAUGUAAAAGACGAUGCUGUUCCAGGCAAUUAUGAAAAUAAAAAUAAUAAUUUCCCAUUAAAUGUUCCUAACAAGGAACAGGUAUAUGGAGUAUAUGUUUACAGUUAUAAUGACUUUCCUCUAAUUAUUGAUUUAGUAUAUACUUACAAUAAAAGGCUGUAUUUUGCUUUUACAUUUGAAAAGAGAUAUCAUAGAAUACUUAUGCCACCUCUAAAUGAUCCUUUAUAUGAAAAGAAAUUAUUUGAAAGUUUAAAUUAUUAUACCUGUAAAAACGGAUUCAAAACUUCAAUAGAUAUUGCGAAGGUUACCAAUGAUGCGAAUUACAGGUAUACAUUGGAAUUUCAUUGUAAAGGACCAAAUGGUGUAGAAACGUUCAAUAAAACAUUUAUAUUAAGUUUUUAUACACAUAGUAAUAAAAAAUACAGAUGUUAUGAACAUUGGACUUCAGAUAAGUCCAAAUUUUAUAUGGACCAAAUUUAUUCCGGUCAAUCUAUCGUAGAAUUUCCUCCUCUUCCUCAACAUAUAAAAUUCGUCAGAGUUUAUCAUCAAAUUAACAAACGACCUUAUUUGGUAGUUUUUAUUUCACCUAAUGACAAAUUAACCUUUUACGCUUAUAAAAACGGUGCUUGGCAUCAAGAUAAAAGUAGCGAAUUACUAAAAAUAAGCCAUAGUGAUAAAUAUAAUUAUUCUAUUGUAAAAUUACUUGAUGCGUAA